ACUUCUUCACAGCUGUUCUUAAGGGAGCAUGAAGUGGCUGUUUUGUAACCUGGACAGUCUGUUCCUUUCUACUCACUUUGUGCAGAACUCAUACGAUUUUUUACUUUUUUGCAAAGCCUGCUUCUUUAGCAAUGGCUUUGGUGACAGAGCUUCUGCUGCAGCCUGUCAGUGCAAGCAUAUUGCUUGGUGUUGUAUUAAUGUUGCUGCUGGUUGUUUAUCUGUUUUCGGCUGACUCUCAACAAGCGUGGAAGGAACCUCCAGGUCCCAAGCCGCUGCCUAUCCUGGGAAACCUACUAGAGCUUGACCUCAAGAGACCCUACCUCAGUCUCCUUUCAAUGUCAAAACAACAUGGAUCCGUAUUCACAGUGUAUUUUGGCCCAAAGAAAGUGGUUGUUUUGGCCGGAUAUCAAACUGUCAAGCAAGCCCUGGUGAAUCAUGCAGAGGAAUUCGGAGACAGAGACAUCAGUCCCAUAUUCUAUGACUUCAACAAAGGAUAUGGAAUUCUGUUUUCCAAUGGGGAGAACUGGAAAGAAAUGAGGCGCUUUUCUCUCUCCACCCUUCGAGACUUUGGGAUGGGCAAAAGACUGAGUGAAGAGAAAAUUAUUGAUGAGACGCGUUACUUGAGAGAAGUAUUUGAGCAGUUUAAAGGACACCCGUUUGAUACCACACACCCAGUGAAUUAUGCUGUUUCAAAUAUCAUCUCAGCCAUUGUGUAUGGAAGCAGGUUUGAAUACAGUGAUCCUCUGUUCAAAGACAUGGUUAACCGGGCCAAUGAGAACAUCAGGCUUUUUGGCUCAGCUUCUGUACAGCUCUACAACAUGUUUCCCUGGCUUCGUUCCUGCCUAAAGAACUGGAAACUCCUCAUGAGAAACCAUGAGCAAAAUAUCAAGGAGGUAAACAAACUUGUGGAUGGUUUGCAGAAGACACUGAGCCCUCAGGACUGCAGAGGCCUUGUCGACUGUUUUCUUGCACGCAAACAGAAUGCAGAGAAAUGUGGAGAGAAGAACACCCCAUUCCAUGAAAACAAUCUUCUUUUCACCAUUACCAAUCUGUUUGCUGCUGGUACUGACACAACUGGCACAACUCUGCGUUGGGGUCUUCUCCUAAUGGCCAAGUACCCUCACGUACAGGACCGGGUCCAGGAAGAGAUUGACAGGGUGGCUGGAGGUCGUCAGGUAGUGAUGGAGGACAGGAAGAACUUGCCUUACACUGAUGCAGUGAUCCAUGAAAUCCAGAGACUGGCCAACAUAGUGCCCAUGAGUCUCCCUCACACCACUGCUUGUGAUGUUCACUUUCAGGGAUUCUUCAUCAAGAAGGGUACAUGUGUGUUCCCACUAUUGACAUCUGUGUUGAGGGAUGAGAAUGAGUGGGAGAGCCCCAACACCUUCAACCCAGCACACUUCCUUGAUGAGCAGGGACGAUUUGUCAAGAGAGAUGCCUUCAUGGCAUUUUCUGCAGGGCGCAGGGUGUGUUUGGGAGAGAGUCUGGCCAGGAUGGAGCUCUUCCUGUUCUUCACUUCCCUCCUGCAACACUUCCGCUUCACUCCUCCACCAGGUGUGUCUGAGGAUCAACUGGACCUCACACCAGCUGUGGGCCUCACACUGAACCCCUCCCCCCACAAGCUGUGUGCAAUUAGCCGCAGUGCUUAAAGCAGGGCUGGUGAACUGUGGCUCUGGAGGGCUGGUGUCCAGCACAGUUUGAUGAUUUCCCUGGUCUUAACACACCUACUAAACCUGGCAGUUAGCUGCUGAGUUCAAUCAAGUGUGUUUGAGGAAAACCAAUAAACUGUGCAGUACUCCAGCCCUCCAAGACUGGAGUUCAGCACUCCUGGUGCAAAACAGAUACUCCAGCCAAAAUGUAUUAUGUAACCCUCACUACAUGCAAUGCGAACAUUCCUAGAGCAGCAGAGCCAAUCAGUAUCUCAAUUUCUGCUGGGGGGUGCUUUCAGACCUGCCUCGUUUGGUGCUGACCUGUCGAACUUUUGUUAAUGUUAAUUCAUUACAGAAUUCAACACCAAAGCAUGGUUUUUCCAUUGCACAUUUUAAAUGUACUGUCUGCACAGUCUGCUGCUUUAAUAUGUUACUCUUUAUAAAUGGUAAUAUUGUUCCUUCAUUGCGAGCUGCUGUAAAUAAGACAAGCAAUAAAAUAAGGAUAUGCGUUUGA